AUGGAAAAGGAUUUCUCGUUGGUGCCGAAGGUGGAGGACAAAGAAGAAUAUGAUUACAGAAAUGAGAAAUCCGUAGAGAUGAUGAAGAAGGUGAGCUCCAUGGCUGCUAAAAUGGUGGCAGUUUCUCUUUCUCAGUAUCUCCUUCAAGUUAUCUCAAUGGUUAUGGCUGGUCACUUGGACGAGCUCUCUCUAUCCGGCGUAGCUAUCGCCACUUCUCUUACCAACGUCACUGGCUUCAGCCUCCUCCUUGGGUUGGCAGGUGCCUUAGAGACAUUGUGUGGCCAAGCUUUCGGAGCAGAGCAAUUUAGAAAACUUGGUUCAUACACUUACUGCUCAGUGAUCUGUCUUCUCUUGCUCUGUUUCCCAAUCUCUCUUCUUUGGGUUUUCAUGGACAAACUCUUGGAGCUCUUCCAUGAAGAUCUUCUCAUCUCUCAAUUAGCAUGUAGAUACUCGAUCUGGCUCAUACCGGCUUUAUUCGGAUAUGCUGUUCUUCAAUCUAUUACUCACUAUUUUCAGUCACAAGGAUUGGUUCUUCCUCUCUUAUUAAGCUCUCUUGGAGCUCUAUGUUUUCAUAUUCCUUUUUGUUGGCCUCUUGUCUAUAAACUAAGAUUUGGAAUCGUUGGGGCCGCUUUGUCCACCGGCUUUUCAUAUUGGUUAAAUGUUUUUUUGCUUUGGAUUUUCAUGAGAGACUCUGCACUGUAUCGCGAAACCAGGAAUCUUAGGGCACAAGAUAUCUUCUCGAGCAUGAAGCAGUUCAUCUCCCUCGGGAUCCCCUCUGCCAUGAUGAUUUGCCUCGAAUGGUGGUCAUUUGAGAUUCUGCUACUACUGUCUGGACUCUUACCGAACUUAAAGCUCGAAACAUCGGUGAUGUCCAUAAGCCUCACAACGUCAUCUCUGCAUUUCGUUAUAGUAAAUUCCAUAGGAGCAGCCGCAAGCACACAUGUCUCAAACGAGCUAGGAGCUGGAAAUCCAAGGUCAGCUCGAGCAGCGGCUAAUGCUGCCCUUCUCCUCGGGACUUUUGAUGCUUUCUUAGUAAGCAUCACUCUUUACAGCUAUCGAAAAACCUGGGCGUAUUUAUACAGCAACGAGAGAGAAGUGGUUCACUAUGCAACCCAAAUUACAUCGAUUCUAUGCCUAUCAGUUUUCAUCAACAGCUUUACUGCUGUGCUCUCAGGGAUCGCAAGAGGAGCAGGGUGGCAACAUAUAGGAAGUUAUGCAAGCAUAGGAUCAUAUUAUAUAGUCGGGAUUCCCGUCGGUUCGAUCUUAUGUUUCGUUAUGAAAAUGAGAGCGACAGGACUUCGGAUAGGUCUAUUGAUUGGUUCUUUUGUCCAAACGACAGUUUUUGCACUUGUCACUUUCUUCACCAAUUGGGAACAAGAGGCAACGAAGGCGAGGGACAGAGUAUUCGAGAUGGCACCUCAAGGAAACCAAAAAACAGAAAUCACAUUAAAAGAGGAUGCGCAAGUGUUACUAAGUGAUGUUUCGGAAAAUGUGUGA